AUGGGCGUAGGUUCGUGCUAUGAAUACGUCGAAACCACCCACCAACUUGGUAGAGUGAUGGAGCUAUGCUCCCGCUUCAGUCCAGAGGUAAGCAACGAUAAAAAAGAACAACGAGGGACAGUUAGUUUGAGGUUCGGUUUCUCGCCAGGUGGGAUGCUUCUGUUGUCAGAGGUGGAGUUUAUGCGGGCUGACAUGAGUGCGGAUCGAAAACACCAUGGAGAGGAUGCAGUAAUUAUGUUACCUUGGAAGGAUACGAUAAUUUCUCACAGUUGUGUGCGGUGGCCAACCUAG